AUGGAUAGCAUGGUAAAUAGCACAGCCAGGGGAGACUUCAGUGAGAAGAGAGCAUCUGAAGGAGACCUGAAGGAGGUGAUGAACAACGUGGAGUCCCCCCCGAUGUGUGACGGUUCGGAGCCGCAGCAGGGCAGCGGCGGCAGCAGCUCCAGGAGCAGCCUGGGUAGAUCCAUCACGGCGUGUAAGAAGGUUCUCUGUAGCAACAGUCUGCUGGAGUCCACAGAUUACUGGUUGCAGAAUCAGAGGAUGCCCUGCCAAAUUGGUUUUGUGGAAGACAAGUCCGAAAACUGUGCUUCCGUGUGCUUUGUGAAUCUGGAUGUAAACAAGGAAGAGAGCAGUACAGAUCACCUGCAACAGAAAUUGGUCAACAUUUCACCAGAUCUUCCAAAACUUAUCAGCUCCAUGAACAUCCAACAGCCAAAAGAAGAUGAGAUUGUCCUACUAAGUGGGUUAACAUCUGGAAAUCUCCAGGCAGAUUUUGAAGUUUCACAGUGUCCUUGGCUGCCAGAUAUUUGCUUGGUCCAGUGUGCAAGAGGGAACAGACCAAAUAGUACCAACAGCAUCAUCUUUGAAAUCAACAAAUUUUUGAUCGGCCUGGAACUGGUGCAGGAGCGGCAGCUCCACGUGGAAACAAGCACCUUGAAACUGGAGGAUGACACUAACUGUUCCUUGUCCUCAAUUGAGGAAGACUUUCUCACCGCAUCGGAGCACUUAGAGGAGGAAAGUGAAGUGGAAGAAUAUCGGAACGGUUUUGAAAAUAUAAAUGUCUCAGCCAGUGUUUUGGAAAGUAAAAAGCCAAAGGAAGCCACCCAGGAGGAAUGGAAUUACAACAAGGAAAAAUUGCUUUAUGCUUUGGAAGACAAAUAUACUAACAAAUAUCAUACACCGUUGGUUAAAACAGAAGGAUAUCUAGAAAAAGUAGCAGAAGAAACAGACUUGAGGAGCCAGGAUCCCUCAGCCAAGACAUCACGGUGGAAAGGUGAAGCUGUAGGGAGUUUGAGACCAGCCACCAAUUCCUAUUGUUCAGAGAAUGUUAAAGGUCAAGUAGAAAAAUCGCAGGCAUGCUAUACUCCAGGAGAUGCUUAUUCCACCAGGUUGGUUAAGAAAGAUGUGCCUUCUGCAUGUGUCACCAUCACUGAGCAUGGCAGCAACUUAGAGCCAGGAACCCCUGGAGGCAGAAGAAAAUCUCUUCCUCCCAUCCAAGAUGGAGAAGCCACAACCAGCGAGUACGCUACGAAUUUAGCAGAAUCUGUGCUGCACGAGGCAUUUAGUAGGUUAUCUCAUUCUCAGCCUGCACUACCCCAGGAAUCUGCAGUCAGUAUUUCUGUAGGAAGUGCCAUGCUUCCCAGUGGCUGUUCCACAACAGACACAGUCCCUCAGUCAUGGAAUGAGCUCCCCCAAAUCAUCAUAGUGCAGAGUCCAGAUGGCAGUGAUGCUGCCACUGAGCCAGAAAUCUGCUCGUGGCCCGAGUCAGGAGUCUCCACUGAAACCCCAAGCGUCCACCCUGGAGCGAACUCAAGCAGACACCCCCAGAGUGCCCUAGAAGUAGUGUUAGCUUGUGCAGCCACUGUAAUUGGAACCAUUUCCAGCCCGCAGGCCACAGAAAGACUCAAAAAGGAACAGGAAUCCCUGUUAUCAGGCAGUCCACUGGGAGGCAACGAAGCACUGCGAACUCAAGCCUCCCAAGAACUGAAAGAACCUUCUCUCGGUGAAUAUUCCUUUCCCUCUGCUUUGUGUGGCAUGACUCAGGUAGCAAGUGCUGUUGCUGUCUGUGGCCUGGGUGAAACACAAGAGGUGAAGUGCCCUGUGGCAACAGGUGGCCUCUUGUCUACAGCUCAGGCUUCUGCAGCCAUUCCCCCACUUGGUAGUUUAACGAUGGAGCAAAGCAUGGAGAUGGGGAACGAGGCCAUUGCGGAGGCUCUGCUCAAGGAGGCCAUGCUGGUUUUAAUGAGGCCAAACACCUACAGCAGCGUCAAAGACCUCAUGGAAUCAAUGAACGGGAGAAUCAUAGAAACCGCUUCAAGGCCUCAGACCCUAUGCUCAGAAAAUGUCCUCAGGAAUGAACUGGCACAGAAUCUGUCCAAUGUUAUCCUGAAGCAUUCCUUUGAUGAAGUUCACCAGAAAAAUAAAAUAACUGAACCCAACGAUGUUAAGCAUCCAUCUGAUACUCUGGACACCUUAAUGGAAAGUACAAAUCAACUGCUCUUCAAUGUGAUCUACUACACGUUCAAGAAGAUGAGCCGUCUUGUGCAGCUCGGUGAAGGUGCUACUGGCCUUUCUAAGGAGACCAUCAGAUGGAGGGAAACAGAAAUAGGCUACCAGCUAACCGAUCAGGCUGCUAGUCAAGCGUGGCCAAAAACCACUGAAUAUACCAGCAGCCAUUCAACUAGCAAUCCACUCAACACUAGUCUUGCCAUUAAAGAAGUUGUAGAUGACAUGUAUCCAAAACCAGAUAACAAGGGCAGAACGAGGCCAGGCCUCUUCAAGAAUCCCACCCUGCAACCUGAAUUGUCAUAUAGUCACAGUAUGCACGAUUCCUCAACAGCUAAAACACCCCCCAAGGAAAUACACCUGAAAGGAACCAUGGGCGAUAUUACAAAAAUCCAUCAACCAAUGGCCAGUGUCAAUGAGAAUGAAUGCAGAGGCUCUCCAGAGGGAGAAAGAGCACUUAUGGCCAAUAAACACAGAAAGGGAUCCCAGGAUGCUGAGGACAGUAUGAACCCAAACACCCAAGAAAAAUGCAGUAGUGACAUGCCUCUCAACAAGGAAGUUCAAGUCAACCUGUCUUUGUUAGGGAAUGACUUGCUGCUUCCCACUCAGCCCAUGCUACAAGCAAAACAUGCAGACAUAUGCUGCAUUACAGACUUUGCGGAAGAAUUAGCAGAGACGGUUGUCUCCAUGGCAACUGAAAUCGCAGCGAUUUGCCUUGACAACUCCAAUGGAAAACAACCCUGGUUUUGUGCGUGGAAAAGAGGGAACGAGUUUCUGGUUACACCAAACUUAUCCUGCCGAACCUUGAAGAGGAAGAAGGAGAGCCAGACCAGCGGGACCACAGUCAGAAAACACAAGCCACCACGGCUCAGCGAGAUCAAGAGGAAAACGGAUGAGCACCCUGAGCUGAAAGAGAAAUUGAUGAACAGGGUUGUGGAUGAAUCUAUGAACCUCGAGGAUGUCCCAGAUUCUGUCAAUAUCUUUGCAAAUGAGGUGGCAGCCAAGAUCAUGAACUUAACGGAGUUCUCCAUGGUGGACGGCGUCUGGCAAGCCCAGAGCUAUCCUCGGAAUCGGUUACUUGGCGACCGGUGGAACAGGCUGAAGGCCUCCAGUUGUGAAAGCAUUCCAGAGGAGGACGCUGACAGCAGGGCCUAUGUAAAUAGCCUGGGUUUAAUGAGUACCUUAAGUCAGCCGGUGAGCAGGGCCAGCUCUGUCUCCAAACAGUCCAGCUGUGAAAGCAUCACCGACGAGUUCUCCAGGUUCAUGGUGAACCAGAUGGAAAAUGAAGGGAGAGGCUUUGAGCUACUGCUGGACUACUAUGCCGGCAAGAACGCCAGCAGCAUUCUGACCUCAGCUAUGCAACAGGCGUGCUGGAAAAAUGACCAUCUGAGUGUGAGGCCAAGCUGCCCCUCCAAGCAGUCCAGCACAGAGAGUAUAACCGAGGAGUUCUAUAGGUACAUGCUGAAGGACAUUGAAAGGGAAAGCAAAGACAACCCAUCAUCCAGAAGCAGCAGCCAGGAUUGGACUGCUAGCCUACUGCCUCCCCCUCUGAGAUCCCCAUUUUGUUAUAGACAGUCGUCCAUACCAGAUAGCCGAUUGCCAUGCACCAGGUUAACAGUGAAUGCACCUGUCAAAGCCAACUCCUUAGAUAGCUUUGCACAAAACAGCCAGCAAGAUUUCCUGAGUGUGCAGCCGGUUAGCAGUGCUUCUUCCUCAGGUCUCUGUAAAUCUGACUCUUGCUUAUAUCGAAGAGGUGGGACUGACCAGAUCACAAACAUGUUAAUUCACGAAACAUGGGCAAACUCCAUUGAGGCCCUCAUGCGAAAGAACAAAAUCAUAGUGGACGAUGGUGAGGCAGUUGAUGCUGAGCCUGUUUCCGUUGGCUCUCCCAUGCAAGGGGAGAAGUGUGCAAAUGGAUUAGCUUCCAGCAGAGUGCAAAGUGGGCCAACUCUGCUUGUUCAGGAGUCUGUUGACUGCCCGAGGAAAGACUCGCUUACUGAAAGCAAACAUUCCUCAGAGUCAUCUCAAAGCAAAGCUGCUUCUCUUACGAACCACAAGAGCAUAGAUUCUAAAAAAGAAACUUCCAUAUGCCAUGAUGCUAUCCCUCCAAACCACACCAGGCGAUCACCAUGCUCAAGGGAAGUGCCUUUAAUUCAGAUUGAAACAGAUCAAAGAGAAGAAGGUGUUGGAGAACUUGAAGACUUCCUUUUCAAAAGCAGCCCCCAUGAGGAAGCAGAAGAACAUUCCAAUGAAGAAAAUACCCCAGACGUGGCAAGGGGCAGAGACAUGGAGGGGAGCACCUGCCCAAACCAUAGUGACAGCCUUGAUGCCAGAGACGUACCAGAGGCUGAAAUGUCAACAGAAGCCAGAGACCCCAGUGAGUUCCCCAGCCCUCCCAGCAGCAGUGAGGAGAGCACAGGCAGCUGGUCUAAGCUUGCUAAUGAGGAGGACAACCCGGACGACACCAGUAGCUUUCUGCAACUCAGUGAGCGAUCCAUGAGCAAUGGUAACAGUAGUGCCACUAGCAGUCUUGGCAUUAUGGACCUGGAGAUUUAUCAGGAAACCAUGCCAUCUUCUCCCAUGAUUAAUGAAUUAGUAGAAGAAAAGGAGAUUCUUAAAGGACAGUCAGAACACAUAGAGGCACGUACCUCUGGACUGCCGUUGGGAACAGCCAGCCACCAGCGGAGCAUGCUGGUGAUCAACUUUGACCUGGAGCCAGAGUGUCCGGAUGCUGAGCUCCGAGCCACUCUGCAAUGGAUAGCUGCCUCCGAACUUGGCAUUCCCACCAUCUACUUUAAGAAGUCUCAAGAAAACAGAAUUGAAAAGUUUCUAGAUGUGGUGCGGCUGGUUCAUCAGAAGUCCUGGAAAGUGGGAGAUAUCUUUCACGCAGUUGUCCAGUACUGCAAAAUGCAUGAGGAGAGGAAGGAUGGGGUCCCGAGUCUCUUUGACUGGCUCUUGGAACUGGGAUAAGGCAGCUUGCCCUGUAGAGCAUCCCUUUCCUUUACUCCAGCUUAGAUUCCCAUGGUUUUCACAAUGCUCUAAACUUUCUCAAAACAUUGCAUCC